AGAAUUUUUAUUCCUCAUUCCGUAACUCGCUGAAGUCUCGCCCGAAUCUUAUUCGGAAUAGGAGCGCCCACUGUACGCUAGAGUCGGAUGUUUAGCACCGACAUAGGGGCCAUAAAUUUGUUAUCGAAAAUGGCAACGAUUGCUAGGAAAACCUGUCGGAAUAACUGGGGAAUAAAGGGAGAUUAAGCUCGCAGUCAGAGAGAGAGGAUGGAGGCUGGCGACAUGGACGAAGCGACUAGGGCGCAAUUCCCGCUCUCCUUCGGCAAGCCGUCCAAGGUCCAAACCCAGACUUCCGCCGUCCACUCCUCCACGCGCCGGACCUCCGCCGCCUCCGCAAGCCCUAACCAGAGCUCCCGGCCGGAACCGGGGAGCCGUGGCUCCAGAGAUGCCUCCGGUGGUUUGAACGGCAGAGGAGAGGAGGACGAUGACGGCGUGAUGAUUGGGCCUCCGCCGCCUCCCCCGCAAGCCAAUCAGGCGCAGCCUCCGGAUACGGAUGAGGAAGUGAUGAUUGGGCCUCCGCGGCCGCCGCUGGCUACGAAGCAGGUGGAUUCGGAUGAUGAUGGUUCGGACUCUGGAAUGGAUGACUCCAUGGAGGAUUUGCCUCGAAUUCCUCUUAGUAACGAGAUCGUGCUCAGAGGGCAUUCCAAGGUUGUUUCAGCUCUUGCUGUUGAUCAUUCAGGAUCAAGAGUCCUUUCUGGUAGCUAUGAUUAUACUGUCCGUAUGUAUGAUUUUCAAGGGAUGAAUUCCAAGUUGCAAUCUUUCAGACAGUUGGAACCAUUCGAGGGACACCAAGUUCGAAGUUUAAGUUGGAGUCCAACAUCUGACCGAUUUUUGUGCAUUACAGGUUCAGCACAGGCUAAGAUUUACGACCGAGACGGACUUACUUUGGGUGAGUUUAUAAAGGGGGACAUGUAUAUACGUGACCUGAAAAAUACUAAGGGGCAUAUAUCUGGAUUGACUGGUGGAGAAUGGAACCCUAAAUCGAAGGAGACUAUUUUAACUUCUUCAGAAGAUGGCUCAUUGCGGAUAUGGGAUGCGGCUGACUUCAAAAGUCAAAAACAGGUUAUCAAACCUAAACUAGCAAGGCCAGCAAGAAUUCCAGUUACAGCAUGUGCUUGGGAUCGUGAUGGCAAGCGCAUUGUCGGUGGCAUUGGGGAUGGUUCCAUACAGAUAUGGAGCAUCAAGCCUGGAUGGGGAAGUAGACCAGAUAUACAUGUGGAGAAAGCACAUGCUGAUGAUAUCACUGGACUUAGGUUUUCUACAGAUGGGCAGAUUCUUCUGUCAAGAAGCACUGAUAGUACACUUAAGGUUUGGGACUUACGGCAAAUAAAAUGUCCUGUUAGAGUCUUUGAAGACCUUCCAAAUCAUUAUUCUCAGACAAAUGUCGCAUUCAGUCCUGACGAACAACUACUAUUUACUGGAACCUCUGUUGAAAGAGAAGGCACAAGUGGAGGUCUACUCUGCUUCUUUGACCGAAGGAAACUUGAGCUUGUAUCGAGGGUGGGAAUUUCUCCUAAAUGUAGUGUUGUAUGCUGUGCUUGGCACCCAAGGAUUAAUCAGGUCUUCGCAACUGUUGGUGACAAGAAAGAAGGGGGAACCCACAUACUUUAUGAUCCAUCUAUCAGUCAGAGAGGAGCUCUUGUAUGUGUUGGGAGAGCACCAAGGAAAAAAUCUGUAGAUGAUUUUGAGGUACAGCCAGUUAUUCACAACCCACAUGCAUUGCCCUUAUUCAGAGAUCAGCCUACCCGUAAACGUCAACGAGAAAAAGCAUUGAAAGAUCCCCUUAAAUCACACAAGCCCGAGCUUCCUGUUACUGGUCCAGGCUUUGGUGGAAGAGUUGGUACCUCUAAAGGCAGCUUGUUGACCCAGUAUCUUUUGAAGCAAGGUGGUUUGAUCAAGGAGACUUGGAUGGAAGAAGAUCCAAGAGAGGCAAUACUUAAGUAUGCUGAUGUUGCAGCAAAAGACCCCAAGUACAUUGCACCUGCAUAUGCCGAGACUCAGCCUGAACCUGUUUUCACAAAGUCUGAUUCUGAGGAGGAAGAGAAAUAACUAAGUAAUGGUCUACUGUGUUAUAUUAUCAUUAAGGCCUGCUAUCUGAUCUCUUUCUAUAGAUAUCUUAAAAUGAUUACCUGAUUGAACUCCUGUAUAUUUUUUUGUUAAAUUUUAUCUUUUAAAUCCACGGUUUUAUCAUUUCCCAUGGAGUAAAUAAUUAAACCUCUUUAACACUCUCUCUCCUCAAAUGAACUUUAAUCAGUCGGGUGCUCAGGUACCGUUCCACUUUAUAGCGGUAGACUGAGUUGCUAAUGCUGGAAUCUCUGUUGUUGAGGAUGAAUGGUACGAGUACUGUCAUUGUGCACAA